GUGAGUACCUACCAUACCUAUUCUAUCGUCGUUGUUGUUGGUGUUGAUGCCGGCAGAGCAGCAGCUGCCGUCGUUGUACAUAUAUCUACAUUUUAUCAGCAUUCCUAUCCUCAAUCCUGCCUGGACGGAAGUGGAGUAAUGCUGGAGGGCUGGCGGGGUGCAAAGCGUCCCCCGCACGGGUGAAAGAAUAAUUCCAAGAUCACUUCUGGCAGCUCAGUUAUCAUCGAAUGCUUGAACCGGUCGGUUCGGUUUGGUCUGCAGUCUCCGGUGCUUUCCGUUCCGUAUCUACACAACCGUCGUCGGGGGUGAUUGUAGGAUAUAUGCAAAGGAUAAAUCGUAGAUCCCGAGCUGAUAAUUGAACAGUAAUCCGGCUGCGGAGUGCCUUUGAAUUCUGAGAACUGACGACACUGUUGGGAGAGGCUUUCGAGCGGUGGGUUGGAUUACCGAAAUCGCGUAUUCGUUAAGAUCCUCACCGGAAUUGUCGUGUUGAUAACGAAUUUGGCUGGAGUGGUCACGGUGGGCGGAUGGAUUUAUGGGGUCGUAUGGCGUAGCUACUUCCGUUCAUGGUGGGAGCAAUGUGCCUGGCAGUAUCCGUAUGACAGAGGCACGCGGAAAAUGAGCAUAAUGGAUUGAGGAAACGUGAGUGCUGAAAAGAAGUGAUUUAAUCUGGGAAAACAUAAGUGUGGGACGGAGUAAUAUGUGAAACGGUGAAGACGCGCUCGAAAGCGAAGAGAUUAAAAGCAAUCAAAUGUGAAAGGAUGCUUUCCACUUGUUGAUUAAUUUUCGGCAUAUGGGUAUUGAUUUCAGCUUCAAGUGCCGGAACCAUUCAGUUUGGCUCCCUUUGGAUGAACGGAGACCGAACCCGCGUGAUGGAAAGUCUUUAACGUUUUAUCUUAUCUCCAUCAUCAUCGUCGUCGUCGUUGUCAAGUUCAUCUCAAGAUCAGUUGCAGAUUCUAAUCUGGUGCCACCCAUCAUCAGCAACAUCGUGCCGUGUGGAAGUGAUAUUUUCUGGCCGUUUGAAGUGAACGCUGUCAUUAAAUGUUCCCCGGAUUGUGUGGCAAUUGAUGGUUGUGACAUACCGCGGUCGUGCUGUGGAUCCAUUAACGGUUGAUAUAAACCGAUGCAACUGGCGGAAGGCGAGAUGUGUCAACUGUGGUGGCUAACGAAAUUAAGUUAAUUGAGCGAAAAUUGUUUGAUUAAAUGGUGGUAAUGUACUGUGUAAUUGAGCUGAGUGCGGAAUUUUAGACACUGUUCGGCGAAUCGACGGAAUUCUUCAGUAGACGAGAAAACGGAAAAUAUCUUCUGCUAGUGACAUAUCGCCGUGCUUAAAUCCCAGGAAAAUAAAUUAGAAAAAUGUAAACACAGAUUUAUCGCAAAAGCAGAAAGUAGCAGAAUACUAAUCACUGUUUUUAUUGCGGCAACAUCAGAGCAGCCACCGAAGAAGAAACCGCAAGUUGUGUAGAAGGGGAGUGAAAAAUGCAAUAUAAGUAAAUUGGAACCGUGUUCUAGUGCUUGGUUCGGAAGCUUCCGGAAAGUGCAACCGCAAUCUGUGAGUUGUUUGUGAGUGUGUCGAUGAAAAGUGCAUCACGGUGGUGAAAAGUGGCCCCUCACGAAGUUUUCCCGUAGAGAAAGUAAAAUCCACGACAAGGACGUGCGGAAAGUUGAAAAGUGUUAAGGUUUCUUCUCUUGUUUUCUUCGACUCAUCUUCCGAAAAGGGUUCGCUAAUGGUGGUGGCGACACGAUGGUUACCUAAAAGUUGGCACAACCGACCGAAGAGUUGCCAGUCACCGAGUUGUGUAAGUGCAGUCAGUCGUUCCCGGGGCGGCCCGGUAAUUGCCGAAGUAAAGUGAAAUUGAGGAUAAACGAAGUGAAUGUGCUACUUUGUAGAACAGAGGAAAAAAAGAAGAGUGAUGGAUGUCAGCUUUUGUCAUCCGGAAGCGGGAAGGUGACAAGGGAUUUUCCACGGACUGCGCUGAAAGCGCAACGAAAUGUGUACACUUCGGCUAAUAGCCUUUAAACGUGCAAAUAUUGAACCACCUCAAAGCGACACCAACAGUCUGAUAAAGUCAGCGAUAAUGUUUUAUAUACCUACCAUCAACACCAUCUUCGUCGGAACCACCAGACUCGUCUUCCAUCGCCAUCGUUGUAGCACUGCUGCUGCUGCUGCCGUCACUAUCAGAUCUCAAUGCAAAGUGGCACCUCAUUGAGAAGCACUUGUCGUAGACAAACAUACAGUCUCACCUGUCCGUAUCCUUGGUCCUAACUGGCCUACAACCGCAGUCCCAGUCGGUUCAGGAUGACUUUUCACAACUUUGACGACGGUAGUGCCACGGUCUCAUACUGGCCUAACGCCACCACCACCACCACCAUCCUCACCGCUCUCCUGACCACCACCUUUGGGACCGGCCCACCGUCUGUCACAUCGACGCCACUGGAUGCCGGCUGGCUGACGCUGUACGACUAUGACAACAACCGAUCCAUCGAGACUGGUGGGGGUGGUCUAUUCAUCGGUGAAAAUUAUUCCACCUUCGGCAACCAUGGGCUGACCGACGAUGGCGAACCAACGCUGUGGCCACCGCUGGAUCGGUGCGAUCCGAGAGAUAUGAAAAACUUUCAGUGCACCGUGCAGGAUUUUCUCGAGUAUGCCCGAGGACCGCAGCAGAUGCCACUGUCGACCGCUCUGUUGGUCACCAUCCUUUUUACCGGUAUCCUGAUUACCGGUGUCAUCGGUAACCUGAUUGUGUGUCUGGUGAUCAUCCGGCAUCCACAGAUGCACACCGCCACCAACUACUACCUGUUCAGCCUGGCCGUUUCCGAUCUGAUCCUGCUGUUACUAGGUCUUCCGUACGAAAUCAGCCUCUACUGGCACCAGUAUCCGUACAACCUGGGGCUGGUCUUCUGCAAAAUGCGGGCCCUCAUCUCGGAGGCAUCGACGUACGUGUCGGUGCUGACGAUAGUGGCCUUCUCGAUGGAGCGCUUCCUGGCCAUCUGUCAUCCGCUGCACCUGUACACCAUGUCCGGGCUGCAGCGUCCGGUGCGAAUCAUCGCCGGCCUGUGGGUCGUCAGCCUCUUCAGCGCUGUGCCUUUUGCCGUGUUCACCGACAUCGAUUACAUCGAGUAUCCACCGACACAAGAGAAAAUCGAGGAUUCGGCAUUCUGCGCGAUGCUGAGCAAUCCGGAAGGAAUUCCCCUGUGGGAGCUGUCGACAUGCCUAUUUUUCGCCGUGCCAAUGGUGGUGAUGAUUGUUCUCUACGGCCGAAUGGGAAUGCAGAUUCGGUCCCGGACGCAGCGGACCGAGGAGCUAGGAGUGCGAAACGGAUCCGUUAAUGGGCCCUCGAGGAUAUCCCAAUCUAGGAAAGCGAUCAUUCGCAUGCUUGCGGCUGUUGUGAUCACGUUCUUCGUCUGCUGGGCACCGUUCCACGCGCAGAGGUUGCUGUUUCUGUACGCGCGGAACUGGCAACACUUCAACACUGUCAACACGUGGCUGUUCUCGGUCGCCGGGUGGCUGUACUACGUUUCUUGCACCAUCAACCCAAUCCUGUACAACGUGAUGUCGCAUAGGUAUCGGGUGGCCUUCCGGGAGACACUGUGCGGCCGGCGGCGUGGUUUCGGAACCAGUUUUGCGCGAGAUCAGUCGAGCUUCCGCGAAACGACCAUAGACAUCAACGUGGGCUGCGAGAGCUCCAAGCUGCUCCGGGCCCGGUCGAUGAUGCAGUCCUCCAAACGGUCACGAUAUAAAGGCGGCGGCCUGCACACGAACAAUAGCUUACGAUACGGCGAUAACUACAUCCGGCGGAAUUCCCUGCAGAUCGGCCGCCUUCCUGGAAGCCGCGGGUCACUCUCCCCGAACAUGCCAACCGACGUCGUGGUCAUGUUGGAAAACAAGCUGAGCGGCCGACCACGUUGUUAUACCACGUCGACAUCAACUCUGACGACGACGCUGGUGUCGGCCACGUCCACAACGACCACCACGACCACCGCCACUGCCACCGGCGAGAACAGUCUCAAAAUACCGCUGAUAAGCAUCAACGGCGAUAUGGGCUGCCUUGUAAACAAUGUAAAUAGCACUAGCACUACCAACAUCACCACCCCAAACAACAACAGCAACAACAACAUCAACCGUAGUAUUAGCAAGGAAAACAAUCUCUCCACCGCAUCCACACCGUUGGCGUCGUCCCGGGCGUCGUCAAAUCUAUCAAUCGAGCUAGCGGGCUACGAUGGUAAACAAUUGCCCGACCCGAGCGAAUCGCCGUCCGACGGAACGGACAGCAAUGAUUUCCAUCCUCACCAGGAGCAGCAUCUGCUGCAGCAUCCGAAUCAUCAAUUAAUUAAUGGAUACGAUAGCGAUAAAAGCGGUAGCCAAAGUAGCCUGAAGCGUGAAACAUGUAUUUAACAGCCACCACCGACGACCACGGCCAUCACCAUCACCAUCAACACCCUCAGCGAAAAGAGGAACAGCAGGGCGCUGAAGUCUCUCCUCUGUCAGUUACGUAAACAGCUGCGCGAUUAGAGUGCCGGACAAGCCGGAUCCGGAACCUUGCGUGCGAGGAAGGAUUUUGUAUGGGCGACAAACCUUCCACUCGACUCGGUCCGAGAACCGAUUUUGGCCGGCCGGUCGUUUAUCUCUUAGUGAAACCAGUCUGAGGCCUACCAGCAGCGUCGGUGGGAAGCGUUAAAUAAUGCAAACAGAGAUGGGAGGAACAGAAAAGAACCUUUUAGCACAGACAAACAGACGUAAAUCCUUUAGAUAAAUGUUUCUUAAAUAUAUCGCGACCGAGCUCAC